UACAGUUUUCUGCCCUUGUCUGACACACGUAAAAACAUGGACGGACGUGCAUAAGACAAGGGCAGUGAAGUAUAGGCACAUACACAAACUAUACAUUUAAUUACAUUUCCACACGUGGUAGAGAGAACACAGUAGUACCCAGCAGUACCCAAGCUAACCUGAACUUUGAAACCAUUUUGAAUAUUGUUAUUGAGAAAAUGACAGAAACGGAGUUUUGUUUGCGUCCCAUGAAGUGCGAAUUGAAUGUUCUAUCAGUUCCGGAUGGAUCUUCCAUGUUUAUGCAGGGUGAUACAUCUAUAAUAUCAGCUGUCUAUGGACCGGUUGAAGCGAAGGUGCAGAAAAUGCUGUAUGAUAAAGCUCAUGUUGAAGUGACAUACAAUGCAGCAAAAGGACCGCCAAGUGUGAAUGGUAGAGUGAUGGAGAAGUAUAUAAAGGACAGUUGUGAAUCUGCAAUUAUGACAACUUUACAUCCUGGGGCAUCAGUUUCAAUAAAUGUACAGGAGCUUCAGGAUUCAGGAGGGAUCUUAGCCUGCGCUUUAAAUGCUUCUUGUCUUGCAUUGAUUAACGCCAGUGUAUCCAUGAAGUACACUGUUGCUGCUGUACACUGCAUGAUUGAUAAAGAUUCUGACCAGAUAAUUGUCGAUCCUGACAAUGUUCAAAUUCAGAACUCACGAGCUUCGUUCACUUAUGCUUUUGAUAGUGUCAGAAAGGACGUUAUCUGUUGCCACACAACUGGUACUUUCUUGGAGAAAGAUUUAAUUGCAACUAAAAAGUGUUGUAAAAAUGCAUGUCAAUAUAUUUUUGAUUUCUACAGAGAAAUUGUAAAAAAAUAUGCAAACAUUAUUUAAAUGGAGUUUGAAUUUUUUCCAUAAAUAUUAUAUGCACUCUUAUUAAUCUAGCUUCUAAAGUAAACUUCACAACAUUUCAAUUAAAAUUCUAGUAAUUUACAGAAUAAGAAAAUUUGUUCGUUUUUUUAGAAAAUGUAUCAUUCACAAAACUUUUUACCAUUAAGACAAUCUUAUUACCAUGUGCGAGUAAAUCGUUCUAUAUGUUGUAAUAUUGAUAUUCCAAUAAAAUAAAUAAUAUUAAUUA